GAUGUAAUAAAAAUUUUUUCUUGCUCCACCCGCCGAAUGUACGCUCUUUCUGGCCGCAUUUUACGCCAGAAUGAGCGACUUUUCAUGGCCUGCUCGAGCUGCAGCGCGCUUUUACAGGCUACGAGAUUUUCUGGCCGCUACCAUAGCAAUUGUUUUUGUUAAUAUAGCAAUAGUCAUUGUUUACAAUAACACAACCACAAAAGUCAUUAUGACAGAACUGUUAAACGUUAAACUACGAUUAUUUUCGUGUAAUAAUAAUAUCCUAAAAUUAUAAUAAAUUAAAUAGCAAAAAUUUCAUAAUAAAUUUAUAAUAAGUGCUUAAUAAGUUUAAUAUAAAGUUCAACACUAUUUCAAACAUUUAUUAGUUAAAAUAAAUUAAAAUAAAAUUAACUCCAAAAAAUAAAUACAAAAAAAUGGACUCUUCGUCUGAAGGCUCCACUGAUGAAGAAGAAGUGCUGCGAUUAUUUGAUAAAGAAGCUAAAGUUAUUGUGCAGAGUGAAACGUUACCAAAGAAAUCAGCUGAUCGAUACAUGCAAAAUUAUAAUGCCUACAAAAACUGGAAGCAAAAAAAUAAAAAUUCCUUCUCGACGUCAGAAGAAAACAAUUUAAUUGUUUAUUUUAAAGAUUUAAAAAAAAGGUUAAGUCCAUUAACUCUAUGGAGCGUGUGGAGUAUGCUAAAAAAGACAUUAAAUACCAAUGAUGAUAUACAGAUAAAUAAUUUCUUAAAUUUAAAAAGUAUGAUUAAACGAAAUGCUAAAGGACACAGACCGAAGAAAUCUUUUAUUUUAACAUGUGAACAAAUUAAAAAAUUUAUUGAUGAAGCUCCUGACCCAGAAUAUUUAGCAGUGAAGGUAACAAAAGAUUAUUUCCGCACUUAAUUAUUACUAUUUAAUUACAUUUGUCAUAUUUAAUCAUAAUUUUUACAGGUUGUAUUAAUAUUUGGAAUAUGUGGCUGCUUACGAUGUUUAGAAUUAACAAACAUGAAAGUUGGAGACGUAGACGAUUUGAAUGGGAGGUACUUAAUAUCUAUCAAUGACAAUAAAAAUGAUUACCCUGGCCAAUUUAUUAUUGGGAAUCUCUUCUACGCUAAAGUUAAAACUUAUAUUUCCAAGAGACCAUCUGGUAAUUUCAAUGACAGGUUUUUCAUCCAAUACACGAAAGACAGAUGUACUCGAACUCCUAUAGGACGUCAUACUAUAGGAGGAAUGCCGAAAAAAAUUGCGACUUAUUUGGAUCUGCCUAACAUCAAUAGAUAUACCGGCCACUGCUUUAGAAGAUCAUCUGCAACGCUUCUCUCGAACUCCGGCGCGAACAUGCAGAUGAUCAAACAGCUAGGGAGAUGGCGUUCAGAUGUGAUCGCCCAGGGCUACGUUGAAAAUUCCUUACACAACAGGCAGAUGAUUUUCAAUGGAAUAAUCCAGAAUGAGACCGAGGUAAUUCCUGAACCCCGACCAUCAACCAGCACAGCAGAACCCGACAUUUUAUACCCUCAAUCCGUAAUUAAUAAUGCUCAAGACGCAACCAUUGAUUCCCAAGAAGAAACCAUCAACGCUCAUGAAGAAACUGUUAACCCCGAAAAUUCAACGAUUAAUCCCGAAGAAGCGAAUGUUAACACCGAACAAGAAACCCACGAGUUUGAAUCAGCACUUAUCGAUUUAAAUUGGUCAGAUUUUGAGGAUGAUUUUACUGAAACGGACCCUAAACAAACUUCGAUUCCAACCGUCGUACCCACUGGUUUUACUACAGCGAAUCAAAAGCCACUUUUUGUGCCACAGAAGACUCAAAACCAACUAAUAAUGAAUAAUAAUACUAAUAAUAAUAAUAAUAAUAAUAAUAAUAAUAAUAAUAAUAACAAUAAAAAUAAUAAAUAUAAAUUACCAUUCACGACCAAAUCAGGGAUUAAAUUAUCUUUUUUAAAUCAUCAGACAACGAGCAAACCUCCGCCAAUCAAGAGAAAAAGACAUACUGAGAAUUUAAAUAACCAAAAUAAUAACAAUCUAGAUUUAACAACGAAAGAUCAUGCCUUUAAAUUUGAAAACUGUACGUUCAAUAAUUGCGUUUUUAAUUUGACAAAAUGUGAUUGUGAUAAAGAAAAUAUUUCUUAA